UCCAUGGUUUCCCCAAAAACACACAUUAGUGAAUAAAAUGGACAAAGAAAGACAGUCCGCUCUUUGUGCACCGUAUCCUUGUCCUUAGCGAUCUCCCACCGCAUCUUCCCUCCAAAAACAACCUAGAUCCGCUUGGAAUAAUCGUCCCACCAACUCUUUCUCAACGUUCUCCAAGAGAUGGGGAGUUUAUUGGAGGGUUGGGACAACUGAGCAAUCACAGUACGAAACUGGAGGUAAACAGCUUGCCAGCAGACCUUCCUUCAUCUUCAUUUAUCGGAGUUCAGGAAAACUGAGAGUCCUUUCGUGCGGGAAUAUGGAAAGAAAGCUGGGAACAUUCCUGCAGCCUGUUCUAUUCCUUAUGCUGAAUGUAUUGAGUGUUAAUCCCAUCCAAACAGUUAAUCUGGUGGAUUUCUGUGGACAGACCAUCAGGGCGGAUGGAAUCGUUAUCAACUCACACCAAGAAGCCCAGAAGUACUAUUAUGUCACAGUUGGAACGGACUGUGGGUUUACAAUGCAGGCUGCUUUGCCGAUGGACAAAGUUCAGUUCCAGUUUAGAUACUUUUUAGUGUACAGCCUGCUGAGAGAGUCUUCUAUCUUUCACCCCACAACUGCAUCUCCACAACUGCCUGGGCAAAGAGCUGCCAUGCCACUCGGAGGUGAAGAGAUUGCUGACACUUGUAAUGAUGGAUCAUACGUGCAAUUUUAUGAUGGUAAGGAUAGGACUUAUCCACCAAUUACCUCUCUUUUAUGUGGGAAGAGCAUCCCUAAGCCAAUUUCAUCAACUGGCAACUACCUUUCUCUGAGACUGGUCACCAGGGGUCAACAACCCAGAGUGGAGUUUGUUGGACAUUUCAUGUCUUAUAGACCAGGUAACUUCACCACCAUGCCAACUCCCAAUGAAACCAGUACAAGCACAAUGGAGCAAAUCAAUUCACCAUCACCUUCCAUCAAUCUUAGCUCUCUUUGCCAGACACCAAGACGGCAUCAUCACCCUCUUUCAAACAACAUUCUUUAUCCAGACUCUGCUGCAGACAACAAGUCCUAUGUUUCGCUGCUCACUCUCUACAUCAUCCUGGGAGUCGUUGCAGGGGCUGUCCUGCUGUUCUGGUGCUGCUGGUCACCGGGCUGGUUGGUUUGGAGACUCAGUGUCUGCAGAUUUGUACCGUGUUGUAACUCCUUCUGCACAGCCUGCCAACCCUGCUGUCGGACGGACAAGAAUCGACUGGCCAAGGUCACACCACAGAGCACAGUCCCCGUACCCGUCUAACGUCAGUGGUCCAGGUUACUCCUCUCUCCCUCUGAUUAUGUGUCAUUAAUAAUUUCAUACUACUGAACCCUCUCAUUGCUACAGUCAUGUAGGUCCAUACUGGUUGGAACACUCGUUGGUCUAAUUUAUCGCUUAUAGUAAUUGUUUUAUUAACUGAGAUUAUUCCCUGUUCUUCAGGGGACAACAUGUGGAUAUCCUGAUUGCUUUUAAGUGUCUAAGCUGUACGAGAUUGCAUUAAUUUGUCCCAGUUUUUCUAAGCAUGUUUAUUGUAUUUGGAAAUCUGCAAAUACAGAUUCCUUUCCUUCUAACAGAAAAAAGCCCCUGUAAAUGCUGGAAAUCUGAAAGAGCAGCAGAAAAUUCUGUAAAAAUGUUCUGCAGGUCAGGCAGCAUCUAUGAAGAGAUGGGCUUUUCUCUACAUUAACGUUUUAGUAUGAUGACCUUUGAUCAGAAUCCUCCACCACUCAAAACCACUCUUUUUAUGAAACAUAGAAACAUAGAAAAUAGGUGCAGGAGUAGGCCAUUCGGCCCUUCGAGCCUGCACUGCUAUUCAAUAUGAUCAUGGCUGAUCAUCCAACUCACCAUGAAAUGGCAUCAACUUGAAAUGUUGACUGUUUCUCUCUCCACGAAUGCUGCCUGACUGCAGAGCAUUUGCAGAAUUUUCUCAUAUGGAAAACACCAGAUUUCCUUUAUUGUUGUGAGCGGUCGCUGGCCAAUUGUAGGAAAGUUAACAUCAAUUGAACUUUGAAUUGAAACCAGGUCCUAGAAAAUUAUUUGAAACACACAGCAUGUAAUUGUAAUAAGUAUAAACUAUUGUUAAUGGCUGUUGUUUACUUGGAAGUAAAUUCAUGGAAGAGUUAAUCAUUUUAGAGUGGUCCAUGCAAUGUGUAACAAUGUAUAACAUUUUCUAAUGGAUUGGAUAGUCUGAGAUGGAGCAACUGCAAGAUAUUCCUAUCUAUUGGUAGUAGGAGUAGCAGCAGCUUACUAAACUUAACUGAAUGAUCAAGAAAGCAGCCUGUAUUUUAGCACCAUCAUCAAUCUUCGGUGUAGAACUGCAACGAGCUGCCUUGUGAUUUGGAAUGUCCAGAGUAUUGGAGAAGGUCCAUUGUAAAGGUGGCAACUCUGAUCCUGUGAUGUCUUGCAUUUUUAUUUUCCACCAGUGGCAUAGACUCAUGAUCCAGGGGUGUGUCCAGGGAAGUCGGAGAAGUGAAACAGCAAUGUGAAGGAUUGCUAUUAAAAAUGAACUUUAAUCAC